UCUUUUCCCAUGAAUGAAACUGGUUUAUUUCUCAUAGUCACAAUCACAGGAUAGAUCAGAGGAUGAAGUGUGACGAAGAUAACAUUUUAAGACAUUGCUGAGAGACAUGUCAACCAACUGCGCUCUUAUUUAGUGAAUCUUUAUAAUCACUGCAGGUGUGAAAAGAGCCCAACUUGUAUUUUGAUCAACUACUGCCUUCAAUAACAAAUGGGUAGCCGAGGUAAGAAUGACAGUUAAGUACCAAACUUCGACGGAGACAACAAUGGACAUAGACGAUGGAAAUCUUGGCAACAAGCACCUUAUAAUGGAUGGCAGCAAGUCUCAAUAUUCUGUAUAUGCACUGAGGAACAGCCCUGUUAGGGUUGCUGCGCUUGCCCUUGGGUUUCUGUGUGUAUUCCUGGUGGCUGGUCUCAUUGGUCAGUCUGUCCACUACCGGAAAUUGGGCAAUGAAAAUCAGAACAAGUUAGAAGCUGUUAGAGGGGAGAGAGACAAUCUACAGUCCAACCUGAAGACUGCACAGAAUGACAAAAAGAAUCUUGAGGUCACUCAUGAGCAUUUACAACAAAAUUACAAUUAUAUGUCCAAAUCAAAAUAUCAAAUGAAUAACAAAAACAGCCAACUAUCAGAGGAAGUAACCAAACUUAAACAGAGUGAAAGCACAUUGCAAGCCAGUAACGCUGCUCUGAGCAAAGAACUUGAAGAGCUUAAGGCCACUGAGGAACAGUUGCAGACUGAUAACGAAGCCUUGUCGACUUCUAAAGACUCACUUCAAGCAAAGUAUGAUUCAAUAGCCAAGAGCAAAAAGGACUUACAGGCCAACUUUGACACAGCGACAAAAGAGAGGGACAAUUUGCAGAACCAAUUUAAUAAUGCAACAAGGACAAAAGAGAAGCUGCAAAACGAUUAUAACAGUCUGACCAAGGAUAUUGAGCACCUAGAGGAAAGAUAUCGUGCCUCUUCCAAUGAGAGAGACAACAUUGCAAGCAGUCACCAAAAUCUGACAUUGGAGAAAGAAAAUCUACAGGCCACGUUCACCACACUUUCCAAAGCCACUGACAAAUUAUUGGCGUCCUACAAUUCCCUAAUUGAAGAGAAGAAAUAUCUCGAAAGCCGCUUGACAAAUGUGACUGCAGAGAGAGACCUGCAGAGUGUGGAAAUCAGCAACAUGAGUUCUGUGGUUGACCAGCUGCGAGCCACCGUCACAAGACUGAACACAACUAUAAAUGUCUGUCCAAGUGACUGGAAGAAGUUUAACACAAGUUGCUACUUUGCUUCUAAAACCAAAGAUACAUGGUACGUGAGCAGAGCCGACUGUCAAAACAGAAAAGCAGAUCUGGUCAUCAUAAACAGCUAUGCUGAAAUGAAAUUUGUCAAUAACUUGUAUUCAAGUAACGGAAAUAUCUGGAUUGGCUUGACUGAUGAGGGAAUUGAAGGUCACUGGCUGUGGGUGGAUGGGACCCCAUUGUCCCUACAGUUUUGGGCUGAUGACCAGCCGAACAGUUACAAUGGCAACCAGGACUGUGGAGAGUUUUGGUACCGUUCUUCAGGAAAUGCCGAGUGGAAUGAUGAAAAAUGUAGUUCAAAAAGAUAUUGGGUUUGUGAGAUGAGUGCUGUCAGCAUUGCUGCAGAGAUUGAAGAGGUGCGGGGUCAGCCUGUUAGUGCUCAGACCAUACACUAUACUCUACAUCAAAUUGGUGUGCAUGGCAUUAUAUCUUCUGGUUGUCUUACAUCACUGACCGUUCUUGGGGGUAAUUUACAUGGCUAUAUUUGUGUAGCGAUCGCAAGUACUACUAACUGACAGCUAACAAACACUUUUAAUUUUUUCAUUAAUAACAAAUCUUAAUUCUGUAAUUUAUUUACACUUCCGCCUUCAUAAGUUGUUUUUUACAACAGAAAAGGUAACAACAGUGGCAGUCAGAUACCAUUUUAAUAUUUUUCAAGUCAGUCAUUGUCAGAGAGAAACAGCACGGCAAAACGCCACGUUAAAAAAAUAAGUAAAAAUAUCAAAAUGACUUACCUCUUCGUCCUUCGUAGGACCUUGGCCCUUAACAAAAUGUUAACUGCAUAUGAACGUGAAUGGCUUCACCUAGCUUGUGUUAAACUGGUCUUUUGACAUCUGCACAAGUUGAUCCAUUCUUCACAUUUUUUCCUCUGAGUUUUUGGCUUCGGGAAACUUAUGAAGAAAACAUCCUUCAUAUGUCGGCAUGUUCUUUUUUUUUGAAAGAUUACUGGUAGAAAAAAGAGUAAUGACAUGAGUUUUAUGCUAGGGCGUCUCUAUGUUGACGUACGGUCUAAAAACAGCAUUAGUGCGGCACGCUAUUAUGUUGGGGCAGCUAAAAAAACACUAGGUUGUCAGAGAAGCUAUAAAACUGACCUUCUUUUGAGCUAGUUGGUUAUAAGGAGCAUCACCUUUGUGGGUUUGAUUAAACUUUCAAAAUGGCCAGAAAAAGAGAACUUUCAUGUGAAACUCGACAACCUAUUCGUGUUCCUUGAAAUUCAGGCUAUUUCAUAGAGAAAUUGGCAAGAAAUUGAAGAUUUCCCACAUUGUGUGUACUACUCCCUUCAAAUAGCAGCAUAAACAGGCUCUAAUCAGAGUAGAAAGAAAAGUGGGAGGCCCGCUGCACAACCGAGCAAAAACACAAGUACUGAAGAGUCUCUAGUUUGAAAAAUAGACGCCUCGCAGGUCCUCAUCUCGCAGCUUCAUUAAAUAGUAUGCGUAAAAUGCUAGUAUCAACGUCUAAAGUGAAGAGACGACUCUGGGAUGCUGGCUGUCAGGUCAGCGUCGCAAAGAAAAAAGCCAUAUCUGACACUGGCCAAUAAGAGGAAACGAUUAACAUGGGCAAAAGAACACAGACACUGGACAGAGGAAGAUUGGAAAAAAGCGAAAAAAGAAAAAAGACAUCAUCGAAAUUUUAGGUGUUUGGACUUUGGAUCACAGGGAAGAACAGCAGCAGCUUGACCGUAUGGUAUACAAGAAGUGCCCAUCAAGCCAAUCCAACUUGUGGGAGGUGGUUCUGGAAUCAUGGAGUUUCUCCAGAUUACCUCAACAAGUUUACAGCUGGCAUGCCUAAGGUCUGCAGCGCUGUAAUUGUUGCAAAGUAAGCUUUUUUUGAUGAACACAAAGUUUGAAGGAGAAAAUGAUUAUUUCAAAUAAAAAUCCUUAUUUCUAACCUUGUCAAUGUCUUAUGACUAUAUUUUCUCUUCAUUUUGCAACUCAUUUGAAAAAUUGUGAAUUUUGAAGGAAAACACAUAUUGUCUUGGUGACCCCAAACUUUUAUACGGUUAGUGUAUGUUGAGAUAAUUAUCGGGGUUUGAUUGAUUAAAUGUUUGCUUGGUUGGUUGAUUGAAUAUUUGCUUGUGCUCAUAUAUACCAUAAAUAAUACAUAUUGCCAUAUUCUUCUUACUUCUAGAUUUGCUUGUGCUCAUAUAUACCAUAAAUAAUACAUAUUGCCAUAUUUUUCUUACGUAUAUAACCAGUAAAUGAUUAUUGCUUGCUAUACCAGAUUGUAGUAUAAUGCUUAAGUGUUACAAAGAGUAAAAGAGGGUCGGGGUGACAACUGCUUUGCUUCAUGGCCGCGUCGUUGCGUAACUAGACCUUCCAGGCAUCCUCAGCACCUGGGGUUUGGACUUUCGCCUAGCCCUUCGAGGACAAUUUUCCAUCCGAGGACAUCUUCCAGGGCCACAGCGGUGCAUAACUGGAAGUGUUUGGAUUAUUGUGCUGAUUGUUUAACGUUGCAUAACUAAAAGUGUCUGCAUUAUUUUGACUGUUUAUAUAUUAUUUUGACUGUUUAUAUGAUUGUUUUGAUUGUUUACAUAAGCUCUUGCUCCACACACGUGUAUCACUUAAUUCCACCUACAUGCACACACAUAUCCAAUCAAAAACCACAUGGGUGUCGCCAGCUUGCUUUACCCUUCCCUUUAGGGCGGCCUCAAUCUUGUUCAGGGAAAACCCCUAA